UUCCUUUCCAUUUCAUUUUUCCAAACCCUGACGAUGACUUUUCAUUUUGCUCAGUUACUUUAUAGGUCAGUCUUGCUUCUGGGAUCCAACUCUAUGUUGUGGUUAAGAAAUGUUUCACAUCAUACAGAGUGAAUGACAAAACAGAAAUAUUUACAUAUUAAAAAAUAUUACAUUUGAAGAAUGAAGAGGAACAGUUUGUCUGUUGCAAAUAAAAUUGUCCCGUCUUCACCAACAGCAAAACAGCCAAAACUUGACUUCUGCUCUUCUUUGAACCAGACUCAUGAGUACACUGUUCUAGACUGGGGGAGUUUGCCUCUUCAUGUAGUAUUACAGAUUUUUCAGUAUCUUCCUUUAAUAGACCGGGCCCGUGCAUCUUCUGUAUGUAGGAGAUGGAAUGAAGUUUUUCAUAUUCCUGACCUGUGGAGAAAGUUUGAAUUUGAGCUGAACCAGUCAGCUACUUCCUAUUUUAAGUCCACUCAUCCUGAUCUCAUUCAGCAAAUUAUUAAAAAGCAUGCUGCCCAUCUCCAAUACGUCAGCUUUAAGGUUGAUAGUAGUACGGAGUCAGCAGAAGCUGCCUGUGAUAUACUUGCUCAGCUGGUCAAUUGUUCUAUCCACACCUUGGGCUUGAUUUCAACAGCCAAGCCAAGCUUUAUGAAUGUGUCAAAGUCUCAUUUUGUGUCAGCACUUACGGUUGUUUUUGUCAACUCAAAAUCAUUAUCAUCAGUCAAAAUUGAAGACACGCCAGUGGAUGAUCCUUCAUUGAAGAUUCUUGUGGCCAAUAACAGUGACACUCUGAAACUCCUAAAAAUGAGUAGCUGUCCUCAUGUUUCUUCUGAUGGAAUCCUUUGUGUAGCUGAUCACUGUCAAGGCCUUAAAGAACUGGCCUUGAAUUAUUACAUUCUAAGUGAUGAACUUCUCCUUGCACUUUCAAGUGAGACUCAUGUUAACCUUGAGCAUCUUCGAAUUGAUGUUGUGAGUGAAAAUCCUGGACAGGUUAAAUUUCAUUCUAUUAAAAAAAAAAGUUGGGAUGCACUUAUUAAACACUCCCCUGGAGUUAAUGUUGUUAUGUACUUCUUUUUAUAUGAAGAGGAAUUUGAGACAUUCUUCAAAGAAGAAACCCCUGUUACUCAUCUGUAUUAUGGUCGUUCAGUAAGCAAAGCAAUUCUAGGACGGAUUGGUCUUAACUGUCCGCGACUUGUUGAGUUAGUGGUUUGUGCUAAUGGUCUUCAGCGUCUUGAUAAUGAACUGAUUUGUAUUGCUGAACACUGUAAAAACUUAACAGCCUUGGGCCUGAGUGAGUGUGAAGUUAGCUGCAGUGCAUUCAUUGAGUUUGUCAGACUAUGUGGGAGAAAGCUAACCCAACUCUGUAUAAUGGAGGAAGUUUUGAUCCCUGAUGAAGACAAUAGCCUAGAUGAAAUUCACACAGAAGUCUCCAAAUACCUGGGAAGAGUAUGGUUCCCCGAUGUGAUGCCUGUCUGGUAAUUGGCUACCAAAGAUUCUGGACCUUUUUUUUUUUUUUAAUCAGUAAGGUUAGCUGCUUUCUGUCUAUGCAAAUUUAAAUUUUCAGAUGCACUGCUGAAAUAUUUUAGGUCAAAUAUUUUAUCAUUUGCAAAGUCUCAAUGGACUGCUGCAGAAACAUUUGAAAAAAAUAUGAGAAAUAUGAAAAGCUGGAAAUCUCUUAAAAUAGGGCACAGGCACUAUAUGUGAUUGAUAUGCCAGAAACUCUGAGAUUCCUCAGCCUUCUUUGAAGGCAUACUUUAGGUUGCUAAAUAAUGUGUAAUACUGAACUUGGAUCCCUUAAGUUAGGUCAUUUACCGUGUUUAUUGUUUUAAUUGCUUCUGUUUUAUCUUGAUAUCAAUAUAUUUUAUAAAAUACAUCGUGUUAAAAACCAAGUGUAACAUCAAGAUCUAGAGACGGACUUACUUCAUUACAGAAUUUUCAGCACUAUGUACGAUCAUCUUGUGACUCUAUAAACAACUCCUAAUUUCCAAUGUACUUUGAAUUCUACUUUAUUAUGUUAACCUGGGAGAUAAUGGGCGCUCAAUUAAAAUUUUAAAAUACUAAUUCAUUUUAUAGAGAUACUCAUGAAAAGGAAAAAGAUACUCACUGUGAUUGUUAAUUGUUUAAAUACACCAAGAAAGUUUUGUAAGAUGUGUUUGGGGAAUCAGUAUUUAUUGGCCUAUUGCUAUGGAUCUGGGACUACGCCAGCUCCUUUGCAUAGGUGAUUUUGUAAUUUAAUUACUCACACAGGUAGAUGCUUCAGCCGCUGCCUGUUGUCUUUAGAAUGAAGAUAUAUUGUUCAAAUGACUCACAGGGCCCCACAGGUCUGCCUCUUCCCUGCUUCCUCGGCCUGGUUUCCACACAGCUGCCUGUAGCCCUUCUACCCUCACUCUCAGUCCCCCAGAGCUGCCCUGCACCCUCUAGUCACCAGGCCUUCUCACAGACCCUUCUCUGCACCUGGCUUACUCUGCUCCGUCAGGUCUUUCCUCUGGAUGUCACGUUUUCAUGGAAGCCUGCCUUGACACCUGGCCCAUUCCUCGCCUAUAGGUCAGGUCCCUGUUGCACGUAUACUCAGCACUCUGUGGCACUUAUCACUGUUGUGAUUUAUCAUUUACUGGUCUGUUACCUGUUUAUUCCAUUGCCCUGUAAACUCUACCCGUGCAAGAUCUCUGCUGGGUCUUUGCUCGCUGUUGCAUAUUCCCAGCAUCUGGCAUGCUGGUUGUUUAGCAUAUAUUACCCUGUUUCCCCGAAAAUAAGACAGUGUCUUAUUUUAAGGUGUGCUCCCAAAGAUGCGCUAGGUCUUAUUUUCAGGGGACGUCUUAUCUUUCCUGUAAGUAGGUCUUAUUUUCAGAGGGUGUCUUAUUUUCGGGGAAACAGGGUAGGCACUGGAUAGAUUUUACUUUUAAGUACUUUGUUUCAAACUUGCCCAACCCCCAGUAUCUUAAAUUUCUUUCUAAGAAACCAAGCAACUUAUUUUCCAGUUUUUCAAAAUUUCACCUAGUAAGCAAUUAGAAUACAUUGUAAGUGGUUUUUUAGAAGUAGCACGCUCAGCCCCUUUAUUUAGACUGUGCUGAGCGUACAUUCUCAGCCUGUGUGUGCUCUUUCUCACUGUGAGCUCUGCGAGGCAUCUCACACUUGCCUUUGUAUUCCUCACUCUCAGAACAGUAUGUGCUACAUUAGUCAGCACUCAGUAAAUGCUAAUGGAGCUGAUGUUACUGGUUAAAAUAAACACAAUUUCUUGAAAACUGAGUUAUUGCUAUUGCAGAUCAUAUCAUUUAAACUUUAAGAUUGGAGGAGGGUAUCGAAGCAGCAGGUAGUAAGGAACUUCAAAUAUGAUUAGAACAAACACAGAAGGGAUGGCUUGGCUGAGAAGGAGCUGGGGAUUAGUGAUGGUGGGAAUUCUGAAGGGAUGAGCCUCUGGUCUCGCCUGGUGUUGCUUUACCAUGAUAGUGCUGGAGGAGGCGGGUGGGAGUAUGUACAGCAGAAUGGCAAGGAGAUGAAAUGCCACAGGUGUUUGCACUGAAGAUCGUGGAGCAAAACAGGGGGGGACUUGAGAAAAGAGGUUGGGGGGAGUUUCUCCCAUAGCCUACUAGCGUGGAGAGAUGAUGAGUGCUAUUGGCCUCUUUUAUAAAAUGAGCAGUUGCUGCUCCAAACAGUGUCUUUAGUGGCCCAGUAGUUGAACCUAGUGAACUAAGCACUAUAAUGAAUCUUAGAGCAAAACUCAGAGUUACCUAGGUUCAUUAACUCACGUAAGUUACCCCAGUUCGUCUGACGUACUGGGUUGACAAAUGGAAGAGCAAAACGUGUUUAAGAACAGCCACAAACAAGAUAAGAAAAAUACAGAUUAUUUUUAGUGCUUCCUCUAAUGAAAAUGUCCCUAUUUACUUUGGAAUUCUAUGAAAAGUGCUGUUUACCUAAGAUUAGAGGAUUCUCGAUAAACGAGUUUGAUAAUAGGUAGAUUUCAAACCUUAGUCUUUGAAAAACAUUUAGUUCUCUAAGCAAAUUUGUUCAUGUUAAAAAUAUUUAUUUGCAUUUGUUAGAGGAUUCUGGGAAAGUUUGGCCAAUUUUAUGGGCAAAAAGUAAAUGGAGAGAAUCAGGGGAAAGGUCCUGUUGUGGGUUGUGCUGAAGAAAAACAGAAAGAGGAGUCUCAGAUUUUUUGUUUUUGGCUUCAUUUGUAUCAUACAAAAUAGGAGAGAGAGGGCGGCGCCUGUGGCUCAAGGA